ACACACACACACAGGCGAGGAGAUAAAGGAGCGGAGAGUCAGUCUCUGCACUCGUCUCUCUCUGGUUUUUGUGUUUUCUUUGAUAAUAUUUAUUUCAUUUUUACAAUAAUUUUAAUAGUUCAAUGUCAUCAAGAAGAAACUUCUUUCUGAGGAAUAAUAUUUAAUCUUUAUAAUAUAAAAUAUACAUCUUUAAUACUGAUGAAGUGGAUUCAUUGCAGAUUGGAAGGACUUCUUGACAUUUUUGAAACCUCAGUGCAUAUCUUUGAAUUUAGUCAGAGGUGCAUUUGCAUUUUUAACAUCAUGGUUUUUAAAGGAAAAAUCUGAAUUUUUUUUUUAACCCUUUUUUUUUAGUGAUUGUGCUCCUUUAUGUAAAAAUUUUCAUUCAUCACCGUUUUGUUCUGCGCACCUUCCCCUCUGCGAUACUGCUCAGUGUUUCAGGAACAUCUCAGAACCCGUCGUUGUUAAAGUGUUAAAGCAGCAUUUUGAGAUUUUAAGAAUUUUACAGCAUUUGAAUUGCUGCUGUUACUAACAGCGAGAAGUGAUUUUUUAUGUUAAUAAAACACUUUUAGUAACUUCUUUUCCAUUAGAAAGUACUUUUGAGCAAAAUUGGGAUAUUUUUCUUCCUUUUUGUUCUUUAGUUACUUUUUUCAUUUUCAGCAUUAAACAGCGUAAACUUUCUGGGACUCUUUCCUUUCUGUCUUUUCUUCGUUAAAUCGGGAUUUUUUCCCACAGCGUUCCUGACUUUUUCCAUUUUUCUCUGACGUUAACUCUGUGCUGCUCCUCCGCUGUUCCCGGGUUGUGGUCGUGUUGUGUAGCGAUGACUGUCCCGAUGUUGAAGAUGGGUCUGGUGCUCAGUACGAUGGCCAUGCUGACUAACUGGAUGUCCCAGACGCUCCCCAAACUCGUGGGACUCGACCAGACGGUGGCUCGGCCGGGAACCUCCGAGAAGUUCAUCAGCGUGGUGUAUCCGGGGCAGGAUGAAGGCUGGCAGGUCUUUGGUUCUGUGUCAGAUGUAGGAGGGAAGUGUGUGUGUACGCUCCUCGCCCCCCCACCGAACCACUGCCGGAAAGAACCACGACACACUCGCCUUCGCCAAAUCACCGAGCAUGUCCAGAAUGUGUCUCAGUAUUUGGAGGUGUUGGAUUGGCGAACAUCUCGAGAUCUACAGCAUAUCAGAGACAUGGAGAAGAAGAUCAUCGACGUGGAAAUGAGAGUGAAGACAGCACUCAAUAACCCUCACACAAUCACUGAUAAAGUUCUACAGGACCUGGAACAGAGUGUUCUGGAGUGUGUUCCUCUGCGUGCUGUGUUGGCUCGGUUCAGGUCCGAGGUGCUGAAGGUGGAGGUGUUGAAGCGGGAGAUGGGUGGCGUGAGCUCAAGCCUCACCCAGGAGCAGACACACACCUACAGCAGCGUUCAACAGCUGGAGCAGAGAGAGAUAGUGCUGCAGAGCCGACUGCACGCUUGCGCUAGCUCGCUUGGUUGUGGUAAGCUGAUGGGAAUCAGUAACCCGGUCACCAUCAGGUCCUUUGGGUCCCGUUUUGGCUCUUGGAUGAUGGACAGUAUGAUUUCCAGCUCUGAUGAACGCGUUUGGUCCAUGGAUGGCUACUUUAAAGGAAAGCGUGUGUUUGAAUACAGAUCGCUGAGGGACUUCAGCACAGGACACAACUUUGUAGUGCAUCACCUUCCUCAUCCAUGGGCAGGUACAGGUCAUGUGGUGUAUAACGGCUCUCUCUACUACAACAAACACCAGACUAACGUUAUUGUGCGCUAUCACCUGCUCUCUCGCAGUGUGCUAACACAGCGCACUCUCUCUCAGGCCGCUUGCAACAACACCUUCCCGUACUCUUGGGGUGGAUCCUCUGACAUUGACCUGAUGGCAGAUGAGAGCGGUCUCUGGGCGGUCUACACCACUCUGACGCACGGGGGGAACAUGGUGCUGGGCCGUCUGGACCCUGUCACACUGGAACUGCUACAGUCCUGGGACACCGGCUUCCCCAAGCGUAGCGCCGGAGAGGCUUUCAUUGUCUGUGGCUCGCUCUACGUCACUGACUCACACCUGAACGGAGCUAAGAUCCACUUCAUCUACCACACUGACACCCAAAUGUACGAGUACACACACAUCCCAUUCCACAACCAGUACUCACACAUCUCCAUGAUGGACUACAAUCCCAGAGAGAAGGCGCUGUACGCGUGGAACAAUGGACAUCAGGUCAUCUACAACAUCACACUCCUGCAGGAGGUCAAGACCUACACAGAUGUAUAGAUCAUAGAGGAGACAAGGGAAGAGAAAAGAGCGAAGAAAGGAACUAAAGAAGGAAGAGUGGAAGGGAGUAAUGAAGAAAGGAAGUAGGCAAGGGAUGAAGAAAGGAAAGGAUGAAGUAAGAUACUGAGGGUGAAAUGAAGGAAAGAAGGAAAGAAAAAAGGGAGGAAGGAAGUGAAGAAAAGAAGGAAGAGAGAAAAGAAGUAAAGAAGGGAAAAAGGCAUUAGGGGAGGAUGGAAUGAUGGAGAAUAUUUCAGGAGGGUUAAAAGUGUAAAAUCCCCACAGCUAUGCCACUGUAAUCAACAUUUCAAAAUGUUAUGAAUUAAAUCUAGAAAUACAUGUCGCAAACGCAAACGUAAAGAAUUAAACACUAAAUAAAUAUUACUAACUCCAUUUAGUGACAUUUUUGUUUGUUAAAUUUGCCGACUUGAUGUUGGAUGGAAGGAUGGAUGGUUGGAGGAUGGAAUGGAAUUCGGAAGGAAGGAGGGAAGGAAAGCAGGAUUGGAGGAAGGAUGGAAGAGAAGAAUGAAAAAUGGAAGGAAGAGCAGAAGGCAUUAGGAGAGGACAGAAUUUAUUGAAUAUUUUACUAGUCGUCCUCUUCCAUGGAUAGAGUUAAAUCACAGGAUGGUGACAAGCGCUCCGUGGAGAAGUGGUGCAAAACAUCUACGGAAGCAGGGGAACUAGAGAACAAGGAGAUGUGAGGAAACCACAAGCAGAGGCAUUAGAAUGGUGGGAAAUUAUGGGAACAAUCUGAGGAACCAGCAGAAUAACAAAAAUUAUGGAAGCAAAGAAAAAUAAGAGCAAGAAGAAACAGAAAAAAUUGAAGAGUUAGGAAAAGUAUAAGAAGCAGGAGAAUAAGAACUAUGGCAAGGAGAAGUGGAGAGACUAGGAGCACCAGGAGUACUGAGGGAACUAGGGACAGUAUAAUGUAAUUUUGUCUAUCACUCUGUGUGUGUGUGUGUGUGUGUGUGUGUGUGUGUCGCUUUGUAAUCAUGUAAAAACAUCAGUGUCACUGAAUUACUGUCUGCAUGGAAUUGACCUUCUUCACAUAUGGAAUGAAUAUUAAAGUGUGAAACAAUCUUAAAUGA